AUGCUAAAACUAUGCAAAAGAUCCACCGUUCCCGGAACUACAUCUUCCUCGAAGAAGACAAGCGCUUCUAUGCCGAGAAGCACGGAGAUAGGAAGACAACCUCGUCUAAACCUUGAGAAGAAGCCGGUGGAGGUACGAAGAAGACACGACCCCAAGAGGUCGCUCCUCACAGCGUUCGCAGCAGCCGACGACAAGUCCGAGCAAGAAUAUACCGCAUCGAUCUCAAUACCGCACGAUGCUACUCCACUCGGAGAUGACAACGACGCCAAAGCUUUCUGCAAGUUCCACGGAAAGACCGGCCACGCCACUGAAAACUGUAAACACCUCAUUGGAAGCCUCCUAGACGGUGACGACUCUAUAUAUCAGAAAUCAAGGAGUACGAGAGAAAGGCCGUCACAGCACGGCGCUAUCCAUAUUUCCAUAAAGGAAUCCCUACCAUCGCCUUUACGGAUAAGGAUGCGGGCGGGCUUGAUACCCCUCAUCUCGACCAACUCGUGGUCACUCUGCAAAUUCACGACUGCGAUGUCGCAAAAAUUCUGGUCGACACCGGGAGCACGGUGA